UCGGAAACUUCUAAGUUCUGCUAGUGCUAGUGCUAGCUUUGGUUGUUUUCCUUCCUCCAGGUGACUUGGAAAUCCAUCUAUAAUGGCAUCAUCGUUCAUUGCGGAAGAGCUGGCCGGAGUCAAGAAGAGAUGUCUGGAUGAGAUCGAGGGGUCUGAGAUCAUCGCCUGCCAUCCCAUAUCUGUCAGAGUCAAAAUCACGAGAACCAAGUUCAAGCAGUUGGAUGCGUGCCUCCAGUUCUAUGAUGGUUACCCAGACACACCUAUUGUGAUUGAGAUCAAGAGCAAGACAAUUCCUGAGAAGCUACGGGAGGGGUUAGUCAGGAUAUGCGACAAUGAGGCUAAGAAGCUACUUGGCAAACAGCAGGUGAUGCCCAUGUUGAAAUUCAUCCGCCAGUUUAUAGACGACAACCCCUUCACGCCAUGCAGCGAGGAGCUUGCGUACAUCAAGAAAGAACUGGUGGAGGAUCAAGACACAUUCAAGACGAAACAAAAAGCCGGCGUCAUUAUCCACACGAUACGAAAGUUUGACUACUUCUGGAAAAUCAAGUUGACUGUACCGGACAAUUAUCCUGAGGAACAAGUCCAAAUCGGAGAGGUGGAUCACAAUUUCCCGGAAAUAUUUUCCAAAAUGUUCGCCUCGCAAGCCGUGGAGAUUGCCAGGCAGUGUGUCACACCACCACUCAAAAAGAAGCCCAAGGAUCCACCCUUUGAAGCUAAACCAUCCCUCCAACCAGUCUGCGAGUUCUUAGUCCGCGAGUGCGUACGCAGAUACCCGACAGAGGUCUGCCAUUUAUGUCACGAAAAGGCAUACCCAAAGAAACCAGAGCAUGUAGUGAAUAACCCGAUGCACGGCAGACAUAUAGAAUGGAUGUACUGUGGACAUUUGUUUCAUCAUGGCUGCGUAGAUGAAUAUAUGAAAACACCGCCUUUCACAGGGGGCAAGAAGUGUCCGCAGUGCGGCAAGAGACUGUACCACAACAAAUGGAACGUGACGCCCAAACUUGCCGAGGACAGGUGGGCCCAUCAUCAAGCUAGGCAACGAGAGCUAGAGGAAGUCACAGACUUUUUGCAAUAGGACAUUUGUAGAAAUUUAUCUGGACAGUUUGUAGUCGGACAGCGUGACUGGUACAAGAUCUCGAAUGCAGUUCUGUUUCAAUGAAAGCCACCACUGGUUUGGGCACAUCACAGUUGGAAAUUUGUCGUCUGUACCGUCGGAGGUCCAGCGGACCAGUGUGUGCACAUUUUGUGAGAUGUCCACCCAGUACUUUCUUCAGUCCCUGCACGGAAGUCAGUCAAGCGGUCAACCGAAAAAGGAUGUGAAUAACUUAAACCAUAACAUAACUUAUACUGUUUUAUCCUAGGAUAUUAAGCGACAUUGAAGCAAGGUUUUCUAAGUAUAAACAUUGUCAACUAUCUGCCAAACCAGCCGUUACGAACCACAAUCAUGAAAAAAAAAAAUUUAUGCAUACGACAAGGAACAAUUUCCAAUUGUAGUACGAAUUAUAUAAAAUGCUUUUCUUUAACCAUUUCGCACCGGGACUAUUUUGACAUCGACCGGUCUCGCUUGUUGCGUGUUUAUCCGUCAUCCGUUCCGAAUACCGCAACACCUUUGCGUGUAUACACGUCAUCCAAUGUGUACUGUUUAACUGAAAAAAAGACACCAAAUCUUUAUUUUCAUUUCAGUUACAGCUAACAUGAUUGACCCUUUAAUGCCUUUUGUGUCAAAUAGUAUAAGCAACUCAACACAAUUAGAAAUUAGGUCUGCCCGUCUUGCACAUAAUUUGCUCUCAGACUUUCUUGGCAUUAUAAUAAAUAUGAUAACAGAUACUU